AUGGAGAUGAAGAGGACUGUGGUUCCAGGCUCUUGUGGUGCUGUUCAGCGAGUGGAGGUGGCCACUGGUGUCAAAUGUGCUAGAACUGAUUUGUGCCAGGCCUUUGAAAAGGAAUCACUCUAUCAAGCAAUUUACUCCAACUUCAGUCUCCUCCAAAAGCGGAUUAUACUAGGUGUAAAUCAGAGUGUGGGUAACUAUUAUGGAACACCCAAACCUCCCAGCCAAUCCCUCAGUGGGAAAGUGAAUAAUGCUGAUGCUUUGCAAAAUCUCCCCUCAAGUUCCAAGCAGACAACUCCCAAACGAACCAAGUCCUACAAUGAUAUGCAAAAUGCUGGUUUAGUACAUGCAGAGAAUGAAGAGGAUGACUCCCCUGAAAUGAACAGUAGCUUUACAGCAGACUCUGGUGAACAAGACGACCACAAUAUACACAGUACGAGAGAUGCAGCUCUCCCGUCUCUGAAUAGUAGCAUCACCAUUGUUCCCAUCACGGAACCAUCUGAGAAGCUCCCUCAAUACCUACCUCCUUGUGCAGAGGAAGCCUUGGGUCCUCUGCCUGAAAACUGGGAGAUGGCUUAUACAGAGAAUGGAGAAGUCUACUUUAUAGAUCAUAAUACUAAAACAACGUCUUGGCUAGACCCAAGGUGCCUGAACAAACAGCAAAAGCCUCUAGAAGAAUGUGAAGAUGAUG